AUGGAGUAUGGUCACAAAAAAAAGACAUGUAAGAAGAACAAACAGAUUGUUCUACAUAGCAACCCAAAUGUCAAUGAAAAUGUGUUCCCCACACAAGCAAGUCAAACUGGAACUGAGCUUCCUAAACCAAAGCCAAAAAAGGGCAGACCAAAAGGAUCUCUAAAUAAGAAGGGUAAGGGAUAUAAGGUGAAGGCACCAAGUCAAGCAUCUGUACAGGGCCAUGUUGAAGCUCCAACUGCUGAGGCUAAUAAUGAAGUUCAUAAUGAGGUUCCAUCAGCUGAAGCUCCAACUGCUGAGGUUCCACCAACUGUGGUUCCAUCUGCUCAAGCUCCAACUGCUGAGGUUCCACUAACUGAGGUUCCCACUGCUGAAGCUCCAACUGCUGAAGUUCCUACUGAUUCUGCACCAAAUAGAAGACAAUAUCUAGAUGAAAUAGAUCCAGAUGUUUUGGAUGCAAUUCUCAAUGAUAUCAACAAUGAGGAAGGAAAUGUCCUUGACAUUCCACCACUGAAUGUUGAUCUAAGUCCUAUAAAAGAGCAGGCUGCACAGAAAGCUGGACCAAAAACUUUUUUUGGGUCUGUACCAAAAGUAAAAAAACAUCAUGUGAAGCCAGCUUUUAAAGAUCCUGUGGAAGCUCUAAAAGAGGCAAGAAGGAAUUAUGACAACCAUACUGAUGGAAAGGUGCAGUCUAGCAAAAGUGAUGGACAGGUGCAGUCUAGCAAAAGUGAUGGAAAGAUGAAGUCCAACAAAAGUGAGGGCAAGGUGAAGACUAGAAAGAUUGAGGGGCAAGGUGCUAAGGUGGAGUCUAGCAAAAGUGAGGGCCAGGUGCAGUCUAGAAAGAGUGAAAGACUUAAGAGUGUGAAGACUAAAAACAUCAAGGGACCAGGACAAAAGGUUGAUGAUCCAGUUGAGAUCCAUGAAGAUGAUGAUUCUGAACCACCAGUCAUGAAGGGUCUUAAGUUGCAAAGUUUCUUUUUGUUGCAAACUUCCUUUAGGCCAAUGUACAAUAUUAGUCCAUUUAAUGGAUCUGUUAUGGAUUAA